AUGUUGUCGAGAGGUACCUGCACGGAUCGGAAUUGGGGCAAGAACUGUCCGCAGCUGUGUUUAGGAGACAACAACGACCAAGAUCGCGGCGCGGUUAUCCUUUUCUUAGAGGAAGACAAGGACGACAACAACACAUCCAAGUACUGCUGCGACGCACUGGAAUGGAACUCCGACACCAACGCCAUGGGAUGCCCCUCAGGGGCCAACCCAUUCACAAUAAAGGCCGGAAAAGCCAUGAUCGGCGCCGCAGUCCUCGAGGGCCUCACGCUCAUCGACCAGAACGACUACAACGCCGACGGCAUCAACGUCUCCCAAAUAAACAGCACGACAGGAUCGAGCGGCAAAAACGGGACGUCCACGACGGGCUCGGACCCGACCCAGACAGCUUGCGUCAGUGCAACUAAUCUCCCGGGGACCAGCGAUAGCAGCGAGGACGACAACUCCGACAAAGAGGCGGCCAUCGGCGCAGGGGUAGGUACUCCUCUAGGCGUGAUCGCGCUGGCAUCGCUGGUGUGGGCGUUCUGGCUACAGAAACAGAAUCGGGAGCUGAAGAAGGCUGCUCAAGCGCAGGUUGGUCAUGGUCAGUUCAAGGGUGGGGUGGGGUAUGGGGGUCAGUCGGGCAUGAUGAUGCCUUCGAGUGGAUAUAUGAGCCACGGACCGGUAAACUCAGGACAUCAGGGUCAUUUCGUCGCAUUGGGGGAGAUGGAAGGGGGCCUGACGGAAUUACCGGGGACAGCGAAGCAUGGCCCUUAG